UUCAUUGUGUGUAGGCAAGCAAUUAUAAUUGUAAGUAGUGAAGAAAUUAAAAGAAAGAAUAUAAUAUAAUGGGUGAAGCUGUUGAAUUCUUAGCUUACAACAAUGGUUUCUCAAAUGUGCAUUUCGAAACAAAUCACAAUAAUAUGAUCAUUCAGCAAAAUGAUCUUCUUGUUCAUCAUCAUCAACAACAACAACAACAACAAGAAGAUUCUUGGUUUGAAGAAGAGAUUGAUGUUCAUCUCAAGUGGUCUUUUGCUUUGAACAGAGUACUGCACAAAGGAACUAGUGAGUACCAAGACAUUGCUCUUUUGGACACCAAACAUUUCGGGAAGGUUUUGGUGAUAGAUGGGAAGAUGCAGAGUGCUGAAGUUGAUGAAUUUAUUUAUCAUGAAUGUUUGAUUCAUCCACCCCUCCUAUGUCACCCCAACCCAAAAACAAUGUUUAUAAUGGGUGGUGGUGAAGGGUCCGCCGCUAGGGAAGCACUGAGGCACAAAUCCAUUGAGAAAGUCGUCAUGUGCGAUAUCGAUCAGGAGGUUGUUGAUUUCUGUAGAAAGCAUCUCACAGCGAACCACGAGGCUUUCCGUAACACGAAGCUGGAUUUAGUGAUCAAUGAUGCCAAAGCUGAGCUGGAAAAAAGGAAGGAAAAAUAUGACAUAAUAGUGGGAGAUUUAGCAGAUCCAGUUGAAGGAGGGCCUUGUUAUCAACUCUACACGAAAUCAUUCUACGAAAACAUUCUUAAACCGAAGCUCAAUACCAACGGCAUCUUCGUUACUCAGGCUGGGCCCGCCGGUGUAUUCACUCACAAGGAGGUUUUCUCCUCAAUCUACAACACUAUUAAACAUGUUUUCAAGUAUGUUCGUGCCUACACGGCUCAUGUGCCGUCUUUCGCUGAUACGUGGGGAUGGGUUAUUGCCUCUGAUCAGCCACUCUGCAUUGAAGCUGGAAAAAUGGAUAAGAAGAUUGCAGAAAGAAUUGAUGGGGAACUCUUGUACUUGAAUGGUGCUACUUUUGUUUCAUCCACCAUUUUGAAUAAGACUGUUGCCAAAACGUUGAAAAACGAGAGUCACGUGUACGCGGAGGAUAACGCGAGAUUUAUUCAUGGCCAGGGCGUAGCAUACCGGAUUUGAGACGACUUCUGUACAGAAUUUGAAGAGAACAAACUGCCCCCCCCCCCCCAAAAAAAAAAAGACUAUGGAAUGAAUAGAAAACAGAGUUGUUUAAUUAAUGAAAUGUAAGCAAUUACUGUUUGGAAGCUAUUAAUUAAUUGGGUUUAAGACAGUACAAAAGUUGUCGGAAUAUGUAAUGUAAUCCUAAAAAAAAUGUUGAGGAUUGUUGAAGCUUUCAGUUAAUUAUAUAUUUCCAGUUUGGCUU